UUCCACAUUCUAUUUUGACAAUCAAUUGUUUGUUAAACAGCUGUUCUUCGCUAAAGAAUAAAAAAAUCUAAAUAAUUUUUAUUAAUUUAAAUUCAUAAGUUAAAAGCAAAUUUAUUAAGAAUGAGCGACCAUAGUUCAUACGAUAAUGUGCCAAAGACUGAGCAAUCGCCACAACCGCAGCUCAACGCCUCCAACAGCAAUAACGCUGACGGCUUUAAUAAUGUUACUGCAAAUGCGCCUGCAACAAGCGGCGAAAAGGCGCUAACACCAGGACGUUGUAAUCUACAAAAUUGGCUUGGUCACACAUUCCGCGUUGUCAUAACAGAUGGGCGCGUGCUUGUUGGUUACUUCAAUUGUACGGAUAAGGACGCUAAUGUAGUGCUGUCAAUGUGUGCCGAAUAUCUGGAGGAAGGCAAGGAUGCACGUAUACUCGGUAAUGUUAUGAUACCUGGCAAGCAUAUUGUCUCCAUCGCAGUGGAUAUGCCUAAGGACACGGCAUUUGCGCAUAAAUCGCAUACACCAACAGCACCUGAAGUACUUUAAUGUCAACAAGUCAAUAUUUAAUUAAUUACAUAGACACAGUUUAAGUGAGAACUUUUUAUUUAGUUUAACAUUAGCAAGAGUAAAUUAAAUUAAAUUUAACUAUAGA